AGUUUAUGGCCCAGUUCCACGAGAAGAUCUACCAGCUGCUGAAGAACCUGCUGCAGUUGUCUCCGGAGACCAAGCACAGGAUUCUCUCCUGGCUCGGAAACUGCCUGCACGCCAAUGCCGGCCGCACCAAAAUCUGGGCGAACCAGAUGCCGGAGAUCUUCUUCCAGAUGUACGCCUCCGAUGCCUUCUUCCUCAACCUGGGAGCUGCCCUGCUCAAGUUGUGCCAGCCCUUCUGCAAACCCAAGUCCCCCAGGUUGCUUACGUUUAACCCUACUUACUGUGCCCUGAAGGAGCUCAACGAGGAGGAGAGGAGGAUUAAGAACGUGCACAUGAAAGGGUUGGAGAAGGAAACCUGUUUGAUACCUGCUGUGACAGAGCAAGAGCCAGAGUUUGCAAACAGCUACAAUCUGGUAACAGAAAACCUGGUCCUAACGCAAUACACCCUUCACCUAGGAUUUCACAG